AUGGCGGACGACGGCGUUUUAUUUGCCAAAAUUUUACGUCAGUUUGCAAGAUCAUCUGCAGCAAUCAAUCCAGCGCCAGAGGAUAAGAUUGCCCGGUUAUUUUCAUUUUGCCCCAAGGAGAUUAAUGGCGGUUUGACACUGGACCAGAGGGGUCAAGAUGCAGUGAUUUCCCUUGGUAUAUUCCUGCUGGAAUCUGACUUGCAGAAUAAAGACAAGAUAGCACCAUAUUUGCUGAAAGUUUUGAGAUGUCUGCCAGCUUCACAGUGGAGUGGGAAACAUAAACCAGGAAAAGGACAAACAUUACCAAGAUGUGAAAACUUCAGCUUUUGUUUGAAUACAAUACUAAGUGACUUGGCAUUCAAAGAUGACAACUUGAGAGAUGAGGUUCUCAGUACACAGUUAGAUGUCCUGGAAGCUUUAAUUAACAAGUGUGAAGACACAGAUAAUUCCAAAGAAGUGAAGCUCUCCUUGAUAAUUAUUCCCCUUCUGUUUGGUUUGAUUCGAGCCCUGGGCAGAUCUAGUGAUGGGAUCAAACCCCUGAUAUCUUUACUGUAUCCAUCAGAAUCUGUCCAGAAGGAACACGGCACACCUAAAGAUGACAAAGAGGAAGAGGAGGAAGAAAAAACCUUCACGUUCCGCUCGAUCCUCCCCCGCACUAUCUCCACUCACCUCAUCUACUCUGACCCCGUCUCCCCUAUCACGCCCACGGGAGGGAGCCUGUCUGAGUUCCCCACGAUGCGGUACAGGGAGCGGUCCCCCUCUCCCCUGGGGGUCCAGACCCCGGUUAAACCAGGCCAGGAGGAGGACGUGGAAGCCUCUACCUACUACUUCAGUAAGAUUGCCUCCAGCUUUACUUGUGUAAAGCCCUGGGGAUUUGAAAUCAUCCCAGAAAGAGAUCACUUGGUUUUCUCCCAAACUCAACUUCAGCGACUUGUAUCUCUGACAAAGAGGUUGCUCAGCAAAGAGGUUUUAGGGAAUGUCAACACAGCUUUUACAUGGAUGAUCAGUGUUGAAAAUGGUAAGAAGUACAGUUGGUGGCCGUACAAGUCUUACAGUGAGGCGGUCACUCUGUCCACGGUCACCAUGCUGAGGGACAUUCUGGAGCAGGAAAAGGACAUGCCAACCAGUUUUAUGACAGAGGUGUAUGAAUUUUCCAAGACGAUGUAUUCCUCUGGACAGAAUGACCUUGACAAGCGGGGGAAGGGAAGCAGAGAGAUGGAGAAGAAGACAGAUUUCCACACGUACGAGAUGAUGGUGCUGAGCUGUGCUGUCUGUGUAGAUCUCAUGUUCUGGGCAGUCAAGGAAGAGAGAGAGGCUGAGAGUCUGUGUUUACGACUGACAGAGAAGAUUAGUACAAAUACGGAGAGGAAGUUAUUAUUGUCACACACUCCAUUACUUCUAGUGGCUUUAGAGUCUUUAGGAAAACUGGCCAUCAAGUUUCCACUGUUAGCCUGGACCAUGUGCUGCACUCUUCGAGAUUUUCUGGUGAGUCCCUCUCCCAUUCUUAGUAAACUGAACAAAUACGCCUCAGUGGACAGCAGGAGUAGCAUCAAGAUCACGGUCACAGAUACCGGGAAAUCUCCAAAGUCUGGCCGCAGAGACCAGCCUCAGAGCAAAUUACUCAAGGCUUUAGAAAACAUCAGAGACAGUGCCAUCAUCAAUGCCUGCAGGGCCCUGAAGGCUUGUCUGGAGGUAGAUGAAGACUGUGUCCAGGCGUUCAUGGCUUCCAUCUCAAACCGUUUAUACAGAGCAGAAAUGUCAGACAGGGAGUCUAACUUGAUCUCCACCAACACGAUCCUGACCCUGGGGCAUGUGGCAGUGGCACUGAAAGACACCCCCAAGACGGUGGAGUCAGUCUUACAGAUCUUCCAGCAGCGGUUCUGUUCCCCACCCUCACAACUCGACGUCCUGAUUGUCGACCAACUCGGCUCCAUGAUCAUCGCCGGAUGUACCACUGUGUACAAUGAGGUCAUGAAGAUGUUUGUUCAGAUCAGUAUAGAGAGUAGUUCUCCAUACAGCUCAGGGGAGAAAGAUGAAAAGAUCAGAGGAUACAGACAAGUCUCCCAGACGGUGAUUAACGCCCUCGCUAACAUUGCCUCCAAUGUACAGGGGACAGAGGACCAGAAUGAGUUGCUGGUCCGACUCCUAGAACUGUUUGUCAACAUGGGACUGGCUGCCAAGCGAGCCAGCGACAAAAGCUCCGGGGCCAUGAAG